UCAGGACUGUAUUGAGAAUUUUUUUGGUAAGAUAAGACAACAGGGAGGUAAUUCAUUGAAUCCAACACCAUCACAAUUCAUGCAUGCUUUCAAAAAAUUGUCUUGUAUGGAUUUGUUGGAUUGUGUGGAUACCUUCAACUGUGCUGCUGAUGUAGACAAGCUUUUAAUGGCCACCGUAGACUUACCCUCAAUAUUAGAACCUAAUAUUAGACAGCCAGAAAGGACCCCUUUCAAGAUAACUAACGCAGAUUUCAGAAGAAAUGAUUUGCCCACAAAAAACGUGGAACAAUAUAUCAGCGGAUAUCUUCUCAGAAAAUGUUUGAAGAAACAUAGAUGCACCGAAUGCCAAAAUUAUGCGACUCAAAUGGAAGAUAUUAAGUUGGAUAAUAUUUUCUGCCAUUUCAAGGCUAGUGCAAGUAAAUAUGGUGAAACGACAGGAAAUUUCGGGAAAUUGUUGGCUCCAGCCGAAUCUUUCGUGCAGUUUGUUUCAUCCAUGGAGGAGAUAUUGAUGGCCAAUGUAAAAUUAGUGGCAACUAGGACGCCUCGUCAACUUCUUUUUGAAAAAUUGAGAGCUAUUCCUUUCCAUCACCCUUGCUCACAAUUUCCUUAUGAAUAUUUGAUUCAUUUAUACAUUAGAAUGAGAAUAUUUUACAUUGUUAAAUAUGCUAAUCAAAAUUUCAAACCCGAUGAGUGCUUCAAAAGAAAAACUAAUAAAAUGAGAAAAUUACUGAUAUUGCAACACCAAUAGUGAUUUCAAUAGUCAAAAUUUCAAUAGAUCUGUCCCAAAACUCUCAAUUUUUCAAAAAUCAAGAUGGAUAUUUUGUUCAGGGAUUUGCAUCCCAUUGUGAGUGAUAUUUUUAAUGAACAGAAUUUUGUUCCACUCAAUUUCAACUU